AUGUCUUCACAGCGGGACUCUUCCUACGAGCCAUUCAGACACACGGGACGUGACUAUGCAGAUGCCGAGACACUCAUCAGACCCGAAGCAGAUGGCGAGAAGCUCUUUCCCACGGCGCCGCGAAAAACUAAGGCUCCGCCGAAGCCUCGCCCUGGAAUCAGCGGCGUCCGCACCGCGCUCAGAGCUCUUGGACUCGCCAUUGCUCUCAGCGUCCCCAGUAUCCAGAUCCGCACAGUCUAUGUCUGGCUAGACACCCGGAGCGAUACUUAUCAUAACACGACGACCGGGAUCCGGACUCGCUCUUGGGCGCCCGUUGACAGCUGGCCUGCCUACCUGAUGCUUGCGGUUGGCGCAUUUGGGAGCCUGGUUGAGCUGUUGGCCCUCACGAGUUUGUGUAGCUGUUUUCAAGGUCUUCAUGACGGAGUCUUACAUUCGAUCAGCAUAUACCUCAGCGCAGCCGCGGUGAUGGCCGCUUGGAUCGCAGCGCUUGUCGCUUUCCGCGUGGUGUACGCCCAAGGCGGCGGGCAAGACCAUUGGGAUAUCUGGUCUUGGUCGUGCUUUCGCGGCCACUCGGUGGACGAGAACGUCAAUUGGAACUCGAUGUGUAUCCAGCAGACCUAUACCUUCUCGGCGUCAAUCAUCGCGAACGAAGCAGACAACUCAUUACGGCAAAGUGAUUAA